GUUGUUUUGCGUCACAUUUGGUGACGUUGGCAAGGUGGUAUUCAAAUCGCCUAGAUUCAUCGGUGAAUGAAGAGAAUUGAAUUCACAGCCUCAACCUUCAUGAACUUCUAUCAAUCUGUCGUGAAAACCAGAACCAAAUAAACCCGUCACAGGUCCUGAAGAUGGUUUUCUGACUAGGCAUAGGCAUAAGAUGGUGAACGUGUUGCGUCCCUGUACUAUAGUUGUGACAAGUAAAAGCCCUUCAAUAGUUGUUUCUCACGCCUGCUACACCAAUGCACGAUUAAAGUCCAGUAUUAAUCAAAUUUAUUUCCCUUUAUGCUCCUUGUCAAAACAUUCUACACCAUUGCCUUUGCCAAGGACGAGUUAUCUAAUAAAUUCAUCCUGUGCGGCUAAAAAGCAGCUUACCCAUAAUUCGGGUGCUCAGCAGAAUGUUUCGUCCACCCGCUGCUGGCAAAGAGCAGCAGCGCGUUCCUACGUCACCACGAGUACUAUCAAGUCGCUAACCGGAGGUGCGAAGAUGCUUCCGGCUAUUGGUGACCCGCGUUUGGGCGACGAGGAAAAGGGCGAGCAAGAUGAACUUCCGCUGUCUGGACCAGCACUACAACAGGGAUCAAGAAUAGCGAAGACCCGUUCCGACAGCGACACUCCGGCCGCCUUCCUCGACACACUGCACCAGGCGUUUUAUGCUACUAAAAAUGGCCGAGGGGUAGCCGUAGGCGUAGCGAGGAUUUCUAAUUUGGAUGGUGGAAUCGAACCUCUGCAAGCAGAUGAAGACGACGAUGAUCCGAUGGAGCAAUCCGAUUUUUCACUCUCGACGUCCUUUUCUACUUCCGAAGCCCAGGAACCACCACAACCGGCAGAUCUUCCGGUGGGAAAAGAAUUGUUGAACCACCAACGUCAAAAGCUUGAACACCUGGCCUCCACCUUGGAAAACCUUUUCAACCGCUGGCAGGACUGUUCUCUCCAGUUCGGCGUCGACGAGCAGUACAACAAUAAAAUCAAACACAAUAAAAUAAUGGAAAUCAAGAGGUUCUUCACGUUGAAGUUCCUCAAAUAG